UUCAUCGAUCAAUAUUUUUUUAAUGUCUCAAAUUGUCCUUCACUCCGUUUCUCGGAUCUCUACAUACAUAGAUCUAUAAGAGGCGUGCCAUACCCUCAACCAGAUUUCAAGCACAAAUUCACCGAGUUCCUCAUCAUGGCUUUGACUAUCAUAUCAAUGGCCAGCCUGAGAUCCGAAACUCAAAUUGUGCCUGUCAACUCACCUCAGGCCAGUAGCUUUACCACCACAGUUCAAAGCAGCCUGUCAGCCGUCUUUCCCAGCCGAAUAAAGCAUUCAUUAAGCUCCAUCUUAACCAAAUUUCAUGCAGGUUAUUUUAGGAUAAGCCUUUCCCUAGGUGGCCAGGCUUUGUUAUGGAAGACUCUGAUCGGACCAACCCAUGACAAAAGCACUCUAAGGCAUGUGGUCCACAUGUUCCACCCCACUGCUUUUCUCUUAUUGUGGUGUUUCGCUCUCUUUAUCCUAAGUUUGCUUUCUCUUCUUUACAUCUUGAGAUGCUUCUUUUACUUUAAGAUGGUCAAAGCAGAGUUCUUGCACCAUGUAGGAGUUAACUACCUUUUCGCGCCAUGGAUUUCCUGGCUCCUUUUGCUUCAAUCAGCUCCAUUUGUCGCACCAAAGACAACCUCCUAUCUCGUACUGUGGUGGUUCUUUGCAGUACCUGUGGUUGCACUCGAUGUGAAAAUUUAUGGCCACUGGUUUACCAAAGGGAAGAAAUUCCUAUCAACGGUGGCAAAUCCAACGAGCCAGAUAUCAGUUAUUGGGAAUCUGGUUGGAGCACAAGCUGCAGCAAGUAUGGGGUGGAAAGAAUGCGCCGUUUGCUUGUUUUCACUGGGGAUGGUGCAUUAUUUAGUGCUUUUGGUGACUCUAUACCAGCGGUUUUCAGGCAGCGAUAGGCUGCCGGCGAUGCUUAGGCCGGUUUUCUUCUUGUUCUUCGCUGCACCAAGCGUGGCAAGCUUGGCUUGGGAAUCCAUAACUGGUGCUUUUGAUACAGCAUCUAAAAUGCUUUUCUUUCUCUCACUUUUCCUCUUCACCUCUCUGGUUUUCCGGCCAGCUCUUUUCAAGAGAUCAAUGAGGAGAUUUAAUGUUGCAUGGUGGGCUUACUCGUUUCCCUUGACCAUACUGGCUCUAGCUUCAACGGAAUAUGCAGAAGAAGUAAAAGGAAGCAUCGCACACAUCCUUAUGUUUCUUCUAUUAUCUCUCUCCGUUUUAGUCUCACUUGGUCUCACAAUAUUCACUCUGCUCAACACUAGAAUGUUAUUACCCGACAACGAUCCAAUUUCUGGUCUCUACCAUUUACCAAUAGUUUCUCCAUAAACUCAAAGCCCCAGAUCCAAGAAGGAGCCAAAGUCACCAGCAACUAAUAGAUAUAUAUUAUAUAUGUCUCCUACCAGUUUCUUAGGCUAUAAAUUUUGCAGUUUUGUUGUAGCCAUCGUAAGCAUGCACAUCUGUAAGCACUCGUUUGUUUGUUCUAAAAUAUUGUGCAUCCAAAAAUUGUAGCCUGGUCUACGUUAAUCUAGAGCAUUCUACGCA